GGACACUCUACCCCUCCAGUCUUUGCCCCCACCCAGGCCUCGGCUUUGGGAAAGCGUUUCUAGGAGACCGCGCCCGCCGGUUGCGCCUGCGCGGUUGACGCUGCCAGGGGGCGGGCGGACGGGCGGCGGGGCUGGGCGGCUGGUAGUUCCUGCUGGGCCUGGGUCCUUGGGUCCGCCCGGCUCUCUCGCUCCAUGGUACGCUUGUGAGUGGCGCUGCCGGCGGACGUCUGCUCGGGAUGGAGCAUAUCCGUACGACCAAGGUUGAGCAAGUGAAAUUACUUGACCGAUUCAGUACCAGCAACAAGUCGCUAACAGGAACACUCUAUCUUACAGCCACACAUCUAUUAUUUAUAGACUCUCAUCAGAAAGAAACCUGGAUAUUGCACCACCAUAUUGCCUUAGUAGAGAAACUAGCUUUGACUACUUCUGGAUGCCCACUUGUGAUUCAGUGCAAGAACUUCAGGAUUGUGCAUUUCAUUGUUCCCAGAGAAAGAGAUUGCCAUGAUAUUUACAAUUCUUUGCUACAACUAUCAAAACAAGCAAAAUACGAAGAUCUCUAUGCAUUCUCUUACAAUCCCAAACAAAAUGAUUCGAAACGACUACAAGGUUGGGAGCUCAUUGAUCUUGCUGAGGAAUAUAAGAGGAUGGGAGUGCCAAAUUCAAACUGGCAGCUGUCUGAUGCCAACCGAGAAUACAAGAUUUGUGAAACUUAUCCCAGAGAACUUUAUGUUCCCCGAAUAGCAAGCAAACCAAUAAUUGUUGGUAGUUCCAAAUUCCGGAGCAAGGGAAGAUUCCCAGUUCUUUCCUAUUAUCAUCACAAUAAAGAGGCUGCCAUUUGUCGAUGUAGUCAACCACUAUCAGGAUUCAGUGCCAGGUGCCUGGAGGAUGAACAUUUGCUUCAAGCCAUUAGUAAAGCCAAUCCAGUCAAUCGCUAUAUGUAUGUCAUGGAUACCAGGCCCAAACAUCGAAUGCAGAGCUGGUGGGCUACACAAAAGGACAUUGGCAGAAUUAUAGUGAGGAUUUCUUCAAAAAUCUGGAAUGAUGAGAAAAUAAGAGAAAGCGAUGAGAAAAAGCGACUGAAUGCAAUGGCCAACAGAGCAGCUGGAAAAGGUUAUGAAAAUGAAGACAACUAUUCUAACAUUAGAUUUCAGUUUGUUGGAAUUGAAAAUAUUCAUGUCAUGCGGUCCAGCCUUCAAAAAUUAUUGGAAGUCAAUGGUACCAAAGGGCUUUCUGUCAGUGAUUUCUACUCUGGUUUGGAGAGCUCAGGAUGGCUUCGCCAUAUCAAAGCUGUUAUGGACGCUGCAAUCUUCUUAGCCAAAGCAAUAAUGGUUGAAAAUGCAAGUGUGUUGGUACAUUGUUCUGAUGGUUGGGAUAGGACUUCCCAGGUUUGUUCCCUUGGCUCUCUUUUACUGGAUUCCUACUACAGAACAAUCAAAGGAUUCAUGGUUUUAAUAGAAAAGGAUUGGAUCUCUUUUGGACAUAAGUUUUCAGAGAGGUGUGGCCAUUUGGAUGGUGACCCAAAGGAAGUCUCACCGGUGUUUACUCAGUUCUUGGAGUGUGUGUGGCAUUUGACCGAACAGUUCCCACAAGCCUUUGAAUUCAAUGAAGAGUUUCUUCUUCAGAUCCAUGAACAUAUUCAUUCUUGCCAGUUUGGAAACUUCCUUGGAAAUUGUCAGAAGGAAAGAGAAGAGCUCAAGUUAAAGGAAAAGACUUACUCCCUGUGGCCAUUUCUCCUGGAUGACCAAAAGAAGUACUUAAAUCCUCUCUACAGUUCUAAAUCUCCGGAAUUUUCAGUUUUGGAGCCAAAUACAGUAUCUUUCAAUUUUAAGUUUUGGAGAAACAUGUACCACCAAUUUGAUCGAACAUUGCAUCCUAGACAGUCCGUGUUUAAUAUAAUUAUGGAUAUGGAUGAGCAAAAUAAACAGUUAGAGAAAGACAUUAAAGACUUAGAAUCUAAAAUUAAGCAAUGUAAAAAUAAGCAAACAGAUGGAAUUCUCACCAAGGAGUUACUGCCUUCAGUUCAUCCUGAAUCACCUACCCUCAAAACUUCCUUGUGUUUCAAGGAGCAAACUCUGUUGCCUGUGAAUCACGCUCUUCGAACUAUAGAGGGCAGCAACCCAGCAGAUAAUCGUUACAGGGAAUAUGCUGAAGAGUUCUCCAAGUCGGAACCUGGUGUGGUUAGCUUGGAGUAUGGUGUGGCCAGAAUGACCUGUUAGAUCUGCAGAGUAUUUUCUGGACUGACUGUAAUGCAAGACGUGGAUUCUUGUGAGAAUGAUCUGUGCACGUGACCAAAAGGAAUUUGUCAAGUAAUGAUCUUAGAGCUUAAUAGUUGAAGAAAGGAUAAUAACUGCUCUUGUGAGAGAAAUAAGUCAGUUUAAUUGCAUUUCCAGCAGAGAAUGACUUUCAGUUCUUUAAGAAAUGAGUGGUGGUGGCUGAUUCAUUCAAAACACAAUUUGUACUGUAUACUAGUGAAUUGACAUUUCUGUAUGAUUUAUAUGUUAAAAUUACAGCCAAACAUGAAUAGCUUUCCUUAACUAUAAUUGUCAGGAAACGAAACUCGACAAAGUUCUCCCUUACUUAAUAAUUGACAUGGCAUGUACUUUUGAUUAUAUAACUCUGUAACUAUGGGUAUUUACAUAUUUUGCCUAUUAGUAAUGUUAACGUUGAAGUGCCAUGAAAAAUACUUUAAGAAAGCCUUAAAAUCUCGGUUUAUUCUUUACCCUUAAGUUUUAUAGCUAAGAGCAGGUUUUGGUUUUUUGGGUUUUUUUCUUUUGGUCAAUUUGGAAAGAAUUGCAGUGUCGUUACUACGGGGGCUGCAUGCUACAACACUCCUGUGGAAACAGAUGUGCACGUACAUUGUUAAGUUCAUGGUCAGCUGCUCCCACGUCCAUAUUCAAAAUUAACGAAACUGAAGGUUUUAUUCUGAUUACAGUUUAUGCAGUACUACCUUUGAUGACAUUAUUUACAACUUAGAUUAUUGAUAUCUUGAAUAUGUACAAACAUAUUUGAGUAUCUUUUAUGUAUGGAUUACUGCAUCCUUUUAAUUCUUACUUGGUGGCUUCAGUUGGCUUUAUUCUUUGGAUAACUGUGUAACUUUAAAAAGCCAAGGCUCUAAAACUGUUCUUAGACGAAAUGAAGAAUGUGUGUGUAUACACACACACAUACUGUUUUAUCUUUCAGUGAGUUGCUCUUCCUAGAACAAACUCCGUUCCCCCCAAAUUUGGGGGUUAAAAAAGGGAAGUACUGAUAGUUUAGAUUUUGCUUGGUUGCAUGAAUUUUAAAGCAGCCAUUUCUAUGUGGAACAUUUUUUUUCUUCUCCGUUAACAUAGGAAUAAAAAAGGAAAAUUAAGAAUAGCCUAGUACAAAGUUAAUGUUUAGCAAAAACAACUUAAAUGCUAGGAAAAGUUUCAUUUUGCCAUGUUAAAUUAACUGUUCUGUGUGCUAGUAACAUAUCUUUAAAUGACCAAAAAAAAAAAAAAAAGGCAAAAAAAAAAAAACAAAACCAACAAUUCACAUGCAAUUGAUGGUAUCACCCAGCUGGCUUUAAAAUUGAAGGUUUAAGUAACAUGACUGGCAAGAGGUAUGAUUCAGGAGUAGUAGGAAACCUGGGUAGAAUCCCUAAUGCUUCUCUUUACUGUACUUAUAUCUAUUAUAUUAGUUUUGAGCAUAAAUAUCUUUUUCAAAUGGAAAAAAAGCUUUAUUGUAUGAGAACUUAACUAAUCUGUUUAUUUUUCCAAUGCUUUUGUGUAAUGUAUUAUGUAAUAAGAAAAAUACUUCUUUUUAAACAGUAACAGAAAUGUACCAUAAAAUAUAGUUUGUGAUUUAGCCAAGCCUAUUUCCAUACUUAAGCACUGGGACAGGAAUCUUAAUCUUUGUGACCACAAAGGGAAACUUUUGUGCCUUGUUACUUGGUUCUAGUUACUGAUUAUGGUUUUAGAAUCUUCCAUGGCAGACUUCUUAUAUUCAAGUGUUUUUUUGUUGUUGUUUAAUAUCUUCAACUUCAGGCAUAUACAUGUGUUUAUGUGCUCACACAUGGACUGAGAAGUCAGUUAACAUCUUAAGUGACCUACGGGGUAUAUGUUGGCAAAAAGCGGAUUAUGUAUAUGUCUUAGAAAAAUUUACGUUCAGUGUAUUUGGGAAUGUAUAGCAUGUAAAUUAUUACAUAUUAUUUAAAGGUAAUUAAAUGUUCAUAUUUUACUUUGGAUGUUUUUCUUUUAAAAAAAAAAACAACAAACGGGAUCAAGUUGUGAUUGUUUUUUUCUUUCCUCACUUAGGCAAAUGGACCUGCACAUUAUACUAAUCAUAACACUAUAAGGUUUAAGCAAGUCAUUUUCCAAAAGGUUGACAAUGUUGAUAAGUAACAACAUAUAAAAAUAAUUUCCAAAAAAAAUAAUUUCCAAAAUAUUAAAAUAGGCAUAGUGGGCUAAAAGAUACAGCAGAUAUAGUUGAUAAUGUCACUUAAUUUUCGUGGAAGGCAGUGUCCAGUGAAUAUAUACAUGUAAUUCAAGGUAAAAUGUAGAUCGGGAGAUAAACAUGAUGAAGAAAAUGACUUUCAGGAAAGAGUUUAUAUGGAAGUGUUUUUGAAAGGUUAGCUAGGCCAGAAGUAGCUCAGGGAACCCUAACUAAAUAAAGAUGGAGGGAAGUCUAUUUUGUUGUUGUUAAAGUUCUCUUUACUUGGUAGAGUAGCAGGGCAGGGGGUUAGUAUCAGGGAACCCCUCCUUUUUUCUUUGAAGACUUUUUUUUAAGAGAAGUUUUAAGUUCACCACAAAAUUGAGGUAAGGUCCAGAAAUUUCUUAUAUACCCCACCAGAGUAGUACAUUUGUUAAAAUUGAUGAACCUGCACUAACACAUCAUAUUCACCCCAAGUCCAUAGUUUACCUUAGGGUUCAAUUCUUGUUAUUGUAUAUUCUGUGGGUUUUGGACACUGUGUAAUGACCUUUAUAGUAUCAUACAGGGUAUUUUUCAUGGCCCAAAAAUCCACUGUGCACUGCCUAUUAAUCCCACCCUAUCCUCAAGCCCCUGGCAACCACUGAUCUUUAUAUUGUCUCCAUAGUUUUACCAUUUCUAGAGUGUCACAUAGUAGGGAUCAUAUAGUGUAUGGCCUUUCAGAUCAAUGUCUUUUACUUAAUAAAUGCAUAUCAGGUUCUGUUUUUUCAUGUCCUGAUAGCUCAUUCAUUUUUUAGUACUGAGUAAUAUUCCAACAUCUGGAUGUACAUUGCAUUGUCUGGAUAAAUAGUUUGUUCAUUCACCUAUUGUAGGACACCUGGCUUGCUUCCAAGUUACAGCAAUUGUGAAUAAAGUUGGCUUUAAA